AUGGAUGAAGGAGGACAGUCAUCUGAUGCUAAUGUGCGACCGAAAUUCGUGCCGAAUACGAAACGAACGUUUUGGAGUAGUCGAUUUUGGUAUAACUUAGUUUAUUACAAACGAAAGUUUAGAUAUCGUACGUCGACAACGGUUGUGAGUGCGAUUGCGUUAUAUAUUAUUGGGUUAGUUUUGGAAAUUAUAUGGAAAUUUAGGGGUGCAUUGAAGAGGUUUUGUUGA